GGAGUUGAUCGCCAGCAAAAGUCCUCUGUUAAUCUCUUCUCUCUUUUUAAUUUGUUUUUAACUUGUGUUUUCAACUUUUUAUCGUUAGUUUUGUGUGAUAAUCAGAGGAUGGAAAAGCAUUCCGAUUGUAACAAGAAGAAUGAGCGCGACUGCAAGAGAAGAAAGGAGCAGGAACUUGUCUUGGGAGCAGCUGGUCCAUUUGGAUCAAAAUGGUCCAGAAGAAGACCCACCAACGCCACUCCAGCCAGAACCAGAUCAAAGAAGCUGCUGGAAUCACCUGAGCAAAAGGAAAAUGGGCCGUGUGGCAGUUCCGAAAGUCAAGCCCAAAAGCAGCAGAAGGCACAUCGUCUAUACGGACCAAAGCAUUGGAAGGUCUGGUAUCGGAACCUGAUGCACGCAUCUGCCUCUGUCUGCGUAGUUCGCAAUCUUGCAGAGCCCAAAGUGUUACUGACUAAGGGCGAAUACAUCAUCGAGUGCACACUCCGUUCCAAAAUGUUCGGCAAAACAAAAUUCAGGAAAUUGUUAGCCGGAAAGGAUCCUUCCUGCCCCGAAUUCCUUCCUGAACUGGUCAAGCAUUUUGAAUGGCUGCAAAACAACCCUGAUGAGGUGCAAGUGAACAUAAGAAAGCGCUAUGAGAUGGAAAAGAAGAGCGCGCGAACUGCAGAACCAGAAAUCCUUUACUCUGGAGUUUUGCCCGACGCUGAACUGCAUCACCAACAAGUCCAGGCUCGCAUAAAGGAGGAGGAGAAGAUGGACGUUGAGGAGGAGAUGGACGACGAGGAGGCGGAUGACAAGGAUAAUGACGAAGAGAGUGAGGAGGACAAGGAGAAAGAAGAGGAAGCAACUUCUGUAGAGGAAGACGACACUGAGGAGGACGAGGAGGAGGAAACAAUCGAGGACAUCCAGGCCACAGUUGACAAUGAAAUGGUCGAGAAGCAGGCGGUGAAGGUCAAGAAAGAGGUAGUGGAGGAGGACUCUGAGGACCCUGUGCUGAUCGAGGAAUACGUACCGAGGGCUGUAAAGUUGCCUGAGCCAGACCUGCGCAAGAGAGAGGUGACGAAACUCCAGAAAGGCCAGUACUUGGUUAGUAAUUGUGGUUACUACAAGACGAACGAUGGAACCUGGACGCAAGUUACGGGCCGAUGCGUGUACAGCGCCGUAUUGAACAUGCUGUUGAUGGCAAUUCGCUCGGGCCAUGACGACUGGGCGCGCAGCUUGGCCACGGAGGAGAGUCCGUCCUCUUUCAAGCACUUCCUCGCCCUCGCCCUCCAAGGCAGCAAGGUGGUCACCACCAACCUCCACUACCACUCCCUUCGCUUAGUGAACCAGUGUCAAGGUGCAGGAAGCGUGGUCGUGAAAGGGGAGGCCACCAUCGGGGAGGUGCUGCAAGGUCUGCGCUGGUUCGGCGGCACGGAGGCUGCAGUGUGUCACCCUUGCAAAAUAUUUACAACGAGAACAAUUAACUACGUCACCCAGGAGGAAUUCCAAGCCUUGAGGGCCGGAAAGGUGCCGAAAGCUUCGCUCUGCCUCGAGUGCCUUGGUCCAAGGGAGUCCAAGUACCAGGUCAACGAACUGGGCUUCCCCGUCCUUUGGGAGAGUAAGCGCGACUUCGUGGAAACCCUGUGCGAGUCCGGCGAGGUGCCGCAGGAGCUGGUCAUUUCUGGAAAAGUUUUCAAACUGAAGGCCAUGCUGUUUAUGUACAAGAUUCAGGAGGGUCGCCACUGCAUCGCAAUUUUGCCACCGCUGCGCACACGCCACACUUCGGCAAUCACCUGGAAGGUGGCUGACGCAAACCAGUCCCUGAAGAUCGGCAGCCUCUCCGAUCUGGGUAACCCAAAAGGACGUAUGAGAUGUCUGUUGUUUGUCCCUUGCCAGUGAGUGAAUGCAGUGCCUGUAAUGAAAGAAUUAUUAUUUUUUGACGACACUGCAGCUAUUGUAACAUAAAGAAUCAUUUUGAUAUUGACACUGUAUUUCACACAUAAUUAUCUUUAUCUCACUAUGCAUUUCUUUUUAAUUGUAAUGACUUGAUCUCGACUUAUAAUAUGUAAUUAUCAAAAUUUUCUUUUGUGUAAUCAGGAUUCACAGUCCAACAAUUGCAGUAAACCCAAAGAGUUUGUUACACACUGCAUUAAGUUUUUGCCCUCUUCUUAUUACAGAUAUUAAACUUUGGACAAUUUUGUAAUCACUAUUAUUAUUAUAAAUUUGCCAACAAAUAUUGUUUUUAUGUAUGUGUAUUGAAAGUUUGAUCAAUUUCAUAAUUUAUUAAUUGAGUUGCUCUUGCUGCAAUAUAAUACUUUGAUGGGAAACAUUUCACAUUUGAAAGCAUUUAAAAACCAUAAAUAACAAAAAAAGGGGCGCUGCAAAUUAUGAACAAAUCAAAAAAUUUUAGUGUAUUAAAUAAUUAUUUCUAAAUGUGUCCAUCUCAGGAAGUUUUAAAAUCUGGACAGCACCUGCACUUGA